GGGGGCGCUACGGGUCGGCCCUGCCUCCGGGAUCUGGGGCCCGGCACCCCCCCAGAAGCGAGCGCGUGGGUGCCGCGCGGACGCCCCGGCCCCGACCUGGAAGCCCGUGGCGCACGUGCGUUGCCCGCGGCCAGGUGGCGAUGGGAGGAUGGCGAGCGGCCCGCCCGAGGCCGCGACUCCGCCGCGUGAAGGGAGCACCGCCAUCUGAGUGCCAUUAGCUGCUGUCAGACCACGUUCAGACCGAAGCCUGUGGGAAGGGCUGGGCCUGUGGGCAGGGGAGGGUGGACGCGCCCGGCCUCCCCCUCCUCCGCCUCCGGCCAGAGCACCACGUGGGCGGCCGGAGAGGGAGCUAGCAGAAAUCCCCCUGCAGGCCUUCAGGCUACAAGCCAUGCGGUGGGACGCAGAUGCCCUCGGCAGUGCCUCCCCAGAGCCUGUAACCAACUUUGCUGCUCCGAUUUUACACGUCCCGAACUCCCAGUUCUGUGUUUCCAGGCACGAUUCAGGCGAGCUAUAAAUGGCACUUGCCAGGCAAAACUAGAGAGCCACUUGCUGUUUCUCCUCUCCUGUGGUGGCCCAAGCCACAGGGCCCGUGCCCUGCGAUAACACCACUGGCCCUGGGCCGUCAUCCUCUCCGCCAGGCACGGGCAACACUUGCCCGGAAACGUUCCAUUUGCCUAUAACCACAGCACCCCUGCGAGCCCAGCGCUCGACAUCCCCGUUGUGCAGAGCAGGGACGGUCUCGGGGUGAGGUGACCUGGCCAAGGUCACUCCUGGUGAACGACAGCACGAGGGUUCAGGCCCCGCAGGGGAGCCCAGAGCCCGGUGCCGGCUGCCUGGUCCCCAGCACUUGGCCUGUCAAGUUGCUGAAGGGAACGGCCCCCGUCUGCCCUGUGGACACCCUCUCCCUCCUCCUGUCCUCUUGUGUGGCUGCCACUCGGGGACUUACUCGCCCUGGAUAAAGCAGCCACAGAAGCGCAGGCAGGCAUGGGCAUCCCAGAUCAAAGCCGGACGGCCCACGCCUCCCCCGGGACUCAGCCUCGGCCUCCCAGGCCCAGGCACCCGCGACGCCUAUGCUGACUGCCGCCCGGGGCCCAAUGCCGGUCAUGCCCAUCCCCCGGCGGGUGCGCUCCUUCCAGGGCCCGCACACCACCUGCCUGCACGCCGCCUGCGGCCCGGCGCGCGCCUCCCGCCCGGUCCGCACCAAGUACAAUAACUUCGACGUGUACGUCCGGGCACGCUGGCUCUACGGCUUCAUCCGCUUCCUGCUCUACUUCAGCUGCAGCCUCUUCACGGCCGCGCUGUGGGGCGCGCUGGCCGCCCUCUUCUGCCUGCAGUACCUGGGUGUGCGCGUCCUGCUGCGCUUCCAGCUCAAGCUGUCGGCGCUGCUGCUGCUGCUGGGCCGUCGGCGCGUGGACUUCCGCCUCCUCAACGAGCUGCUGGUCUACGGCAUCCACGUGACCAUGCUGCUGGUCGGGGGCCUGGGCUGGUGCUUCAUGGUCUUCGUGGACAUGUGAGGGCGCCGCGGGCUCUUCCGGGGACGGUUUCUGGUGACCCGGCCGUAGAUGCACCUGCAGUGGGCGCUUUUCUCGACGCGCCAGCUUCUGUCGGACGAUUGUCCACUCGAGGUCAGUGGACGGCUCCUCCGAGGAAAUCGGGGGUGAGUCUCUCCCGGUUACCUGGAUGGCAGGCAAGGAGCCGACCCACAUGGACCCCACUUCUCGGCGCUGCAGAGGACGUUUUGCACCAAAUCAUGCUGUUUCCUAAAAGCUUUGUUUUGUGUUAGUUGACUCACGUUACUCUGAGGCCCCCUCUGAGGUGGGCACGUGUCCACGGGGCUGGGGCAGCAGGGGGGUCACGGUGGUGUGGACACAAAGCUGCUUGGUGUCUUGAGUGCCUGUGAAAUUCUUUAUGAAGUGAGCCACCUGCAUUAAACUUAUUUUUUUAACACGUU